AGAGAGAGAGAACAUACAAAAUUUGAGUUUACAAGAGAGGGCUGAGUUGAUUUUGGUUAUUGAAGGGGGGAAAUCAAGUUGAAUAUGCAAGCAAAGAAGGAAGAGGAAGAGGGAAAUGGACAAGGGCAGUUGGAGAAAAGGGUGAACACAGUGGAGUACUGGACGUCGGCGGGGCAAGGGCAAGAGCAGAGGAAUAAUGUGCAGAUCGUCCACCACGUCCACCCCCAGUCCCAUCCUUCCCCCUACGCCACCAGCGGCGGCGUCCUCGCCGGCGCCGCCGCCGCCAUCGCCAACACCCUCCAGUCUGCCAAGGAUGCCAUCUCCAGGAAAUAAAAAUCAUCCCAUUCUUCUUUCAUGGGAAGCUUCGUUUUCGUUUUGGUUACAAUACAAUACAUCUUCUUCUUCUCCAGAUGUUCUUGUUAGAAGUAUGCCAAAUUCACCACCCAAUCAUUAGGGGUGUGUACAAUUUAAAAUAAAAUGCAAAUUGUUAUUUUGUUUUGUUUCA